AUGGGAUACAUGCCAUCUCUGUAUGGUGCCACAAAGGCUGUACUGGGCAUCUUUGCUCUUGGUGUGGCAAGUACGGCAAUGCUUUUAUAUCGUUAUCAGCGUAGUUUAGUUUAUCCCAGUAAUUUCCCUGCCGGUUCAAGAACAGAAGUCUUAACGCCAGAUCAAUUCGGCAUUGAUGAUUUCGAAGUAAUCGGACUACAAACACCUGACGGUGAAAAGCUACAUGCUUUCUUGCUUCAACAAAGACAAAUAAGCACGAAAGAGAAAGAACGUGGAGUAUCAGAUGAUCCAAACGAAGUCAUGGCAAGGAGGCCAACAGUCUUAUUCCUACAUGCAAAUGCAGGCAAUAUGGGUCAUAGGCUACCUUUAGCAGCAGUAUUCUAUAAACGUUUCGGCUGCAAUGUCUUGAUGAUCUCUUAUCGCGGUUAUGGACUUUCGACCGGUGAACCUAGUGAAGUCGGAAUUCGAAUUGAUGCUCAAACCGCGUUAGAGUAUAUCCGCAAACAUCCGAUCCUAAAAGAUACAUUUGUAAUAGCGUACGGUCAAAGUAUUGGAGGAGCAGUUGCGAUCGAUUUAGCAAGUCGAAAUCCUACCAAUAUUGGAGCUUUGAUUUUAGAGAAUACGUUUUUAAGUAUACCCGAAUUGAUCCCUCACGUUUUACCGCCUAUCAAACCUUUCACAUUCUUAUGUCGAGAGUAUUGGCCAUCAGGCGUUUCUAUCAAAAAGAUUGGAAAACAAACUCCAAUAUUAUUCUUGAGUGGAAGAAAAGACGAAUUAGUUCCACCUUCACAUAUGGACACUUUAUACGCACGCUGUCAAUCAAAUCUAAAAGUAUGGAAACAAUUGGACGAUGGCACGCAUAACGAUACUUGCGUAAAGCCAGGUUAUUUUGAAGCCAUUGGAUUAUUCUUGGCAACCUAUGUGAUU